CUCGAAGACCAUCACGGAAUACGCAAAUAUGUUGCAAACUCUAUGGCAAGAGCUAGAUCACUACCAAUGUUUGAAGAUGAAAUGUAGUGAGGAUGCUGCACUCCAUAAGAGAUUUGUUGAAAAGGAGCGGAUAUAUGACUUCUUGGCCGGCCUCAACAGUGAAUUUGAUGCAGUUAGAGUGCAGAUUCUUGGCAAAGAGGAUUUACCUUCCUUGAAUGAGGUAAUCUCCUUAAUAAGGGCAGAAGAAGGGAGAAGGGGUGUAAUGCUAAAAGCUAUAUCCAGUGAGAGUUCUGCCCUAGUGUCUUUAAAAACUUAUAAUCAAAAAAAAGGCCCUAGGGAUGAAAAGAAACUAGUGGAUAGGGAUUCUUUAUGGUGUACCUUUUGUAAGAAACCUAGGCACACCAUAGAGAAGUGCUGGAAGCUCCAUGGAAAGCCAUCUAGAGGGGGACCAGCAAGGAGUCAAGUGCAUAUAGCAGCAGCCAACAGUCAGCAACUGGAACCGAGAGGAUUGGAGCAUGGGGGACAGUCUCUUGAACUCAACAAGGCAGAAAUUGAAAGACUAAAAAAUUUUCUGGGAUCUCUAGACAAAAAGGCAGAAAAAGGAACAGGGCAAGAAGAGGAUGAUUGGGCUUGCUAGGGCUAAAGAGGGGCUUUAUUACCUCGAGGAAUCAGUAGGGCCAGACAAGAAGGAGUCUCUUCCUCUUAUGUCAUGCCUAGCUCAAUCCAACGAGGAUGAGAUGUGGUUACAGCAUUAUAGAAUGGGUCAUCCCUCAUUUCUUACUCUCAAAUUAAUGUUUCCUAAUUUAGCUAAAGGUCUAGAUUUUAGUCACUUUCAUUGUGUUGAUUGUGAACUUGCCAAACAUAAAAGAGUUUCUUUCCCUCUUUCUAAUAAAAGGACUGAUUUCCCAUUCUCUUUAAUCCAUAGUGACAUUUGGGGUCCAUCAAGUGUUCCCAAUAUUUCUGGGACAAGAUGGUUUGUCUUAUUGGUUGAUGAUUGUACUAGAGUGGUGUGGUUAUAUUUGU